UCCUCCUACUCAUCACUCGCAACACUCAAGAAAAUGCCCUCCCUCGAAACCCAAGUCCCGCUCUUCGUCAACGACGGCCAGCUGCAGCCACAGAACGUCGAAUACCUCAAACCAACCACCCUCGAUACCCCCAUCGAAGAAAUCCGGCGUCGCUACAGGGAAGACGGCUACGUCUACAUGAAAAACGUGCUCCCCCGCGCCGACAUCCUGAAAAUCCGCGCCGAGUAUUUCGCCCUCCUCUCACCCAGCGGGGUCCUGAAGCCCGGGACUGCUGCCGUAGACGGGAUCUUCAACCCCUCCGGCGACGCGCUGGACUACCCAGCUUUCGGCGCGGGGCAUUAUGCGGGGCCGAACGAAGGACCGGGUGCGGAGCGGUCUGCGCGGUACUUGGAGCUGGGGCUGCGGGCUCAUGGCGAGCCAUGGUUCAAGGAGGGGCUGUGUCGGCAUGCGGCGUUGUUGGGGUUUGUGGAUCAGCUAACGGGGUGGGGUGAGGAUACGGUUGUGUUGCAGCGGGCGUUGUUGCGGAAUAACACGCCGGGGAAUAAGGCGAUCGGCGUGCAUUAUGAUCAGAUAUUCCUGCGGCAUGGGGAGGAUUCUGUGGUGACGGCUUGGCUGCCUAUUGGGGAUACGAAGUCUAAUGGCGGGGGGCUGAUUUAUCUCGAGGAUAGCUGCUCGCUUGGGACAGAGAUCGAGAAAGAAUUCACGGACAAGGCGAAAGCUGCCGGGAUGGCUGAAAAGGAGGCCGAGAGUGCUUUUAAUCAAAAUAUGAUGACCGGCGGCAUGCUCUCGCAGGGCCCUGUUGGGUUUGGGGAGCACUAUAAGAGGAAAUGGUUGGUGGCUGAUUAUGAGGCUGGGGAUGCUGUGUUUCAUAACGCGUACUCCAUUCAUGCAUCAACGACGAAUCAUGACCCGGAAGGGAGGAUCCGCUUGGGAACGGAUAUUCGCUUUGCAAACUCUAAGCGCCAGUGGGAUACGGUACGUGCUCAAACCCUUUUAUAG